GCUCGUCGUGAAACCCUAUUUUCCACAACUAUAAAGUCGUUCUCUCUUUGCCCAAAUUACAUCUCAUUGUAUUACUCUCUGUAUUUCUUCAUCUUAUUAGGAAUUUCGACUCUUCGGUUACUCGAAAUCUCAAUAUUGCUUGCAAUUUUCUUCAAUGGAGACUCCAUCAUCAACAAGAAGGGUGACUAGAUCACAAACCUUGGCUGCUUCCAACAGUGCUAUCAAGAUCUCCGUAUCAACUGAGAAAGUUGAAGAAUCUGAGAAGAAAACAGUGGAAAAAUCAAGAACAAGAACUGGGAGACAAUCAGCGUUGAUCGAUAUAACAAAUGAUUCUCCCAUUGUUGGUCUUGCUAUGGGGAAUUUAGAGACCCCAUCUUCAGAGAUGUCCAAGAAAAGGACUUAUGGUCAGGGAAAACAAUUUACUACUCCUGGAUCUGGUGAGGCAUUAUUGAGGGGCCAAGUGAAGACAUUGUUGCAGAAGGUUGAAGAAGAAGCCGGGCUCUCGAAAAUUUCACUGGAAAAUAAUAGGCCUUUUCUUCACCUUAAAGGAAUUGUGAACUCUCCCAUGGGCCUUCUUGCCCCAACUCCUGCAAACACACCUCUUAUGAAUUUCUCUGACAAUGAGUUGCCUGCUGUCACGGCUUCUCCGGUUGAAGACAAGUUUGACAUUUCUCAGAUGAUCAAUGAGAUGUUUGAAGGGGAAAAGAAGGAGGACAAUCGUGAAUCUGAGAAGAGUUACCCAACAAGAUCUCUGCUAGUGGAUUUUUAUGAAAAGACAGAAGGGUCAGAAUCAUCUUCAGUGUGUUCCUCUGUGCUGACAGACCAAGGAUGUGAGAUUGAAAGCAAGGAGAAGACAUCUUCAGAUGACGACAACGCAUCCAUGUGGUCAAUUCAGGUGAAUGCAAGCACUAAAGAUGAUGAAGAAGAUGGACUUGAAGGAGAAUAUGACGAUGACAACUAUGAUGAGAUUGAAGAAGAAUAUGACGAUGACAACUAUGAUGAAAUUGAAGACGAUGGGGGUGUAGUUGAACUGUGUGGAGCAAUUAGCAAGAUGGAUGUGAAUGAAGGGCACAACAAAGUGAUAAUGGCGAAAUUUGAAGGCAAGCACACGCGUUUCUUGUACAACAGUGAUGAUGAGCUUGAAGGAACUGAAGAGAAGUGCAGUGUUGUUGAGGCUGCUGCUGCUGUUGCAUCAUCACCAGGUGUCUUGCAUUUGAAGGGCCUGUCAACUCCGAAAGGGAAGCAUCUUCGCUUCACUGAAGAACUCUCUGAAUGAACAAAUUUCUAUUGAUGUUUAGGUUCUUGAUAGACACAUGCCUCUGUGGUCUCUUAUAUUCAAAUUUCUAUUAAUGUGUUUGUCCUUUUUAGUUAGCUGAUGCUAUAUUGUGUAUUCUUUUGGUUCAUAUCUGAUUUGGACCAUUGAAAUUUGGCUGUCAAAUUGAAAUAUUUUAAAAGCAUCUCUUUCCAAGGUA